AAUGUCAGCCACAAUGACAAAUAUCUUCACCUGUCCUGUCACUCUCAGCUAUCAGCCAGUUAACUGUUGCCCCCAAAGACAAAAAGCUGGUACACAAAAGGCUCGCAGCAGUGUUUUAACUUUGCUACUGUGUCUGUAAGCUGCCAAUCCUUUCAUUUUAUCUCAGCUUUGCAGUUGCCCUUUGGGUCUUUUUGCUCUCCGCUUCACCACUCUGCUUUUUCCCCACCUCUUUAUCAUCACAAAUCCAGUGCUUACUGGCUUCACGACCUCUCCUCCCUGUUUAAUAAAUCAGUUCAACCUUAUGUUCGGGCUUAGCUGUUCGGUAAAAUAGCUGUUUGCCACAAAAUCCUGCAGAUGCUUGUUAUUUGACAUGUAGUUUCCACUGCUGUCAGUGUUGUGUGCCAUGGUUCAGAGCUUCUUGAUUAAUUAGAAAAGCCGAAAGCCCUCUGGUGCCGUUUACUGGUUGUUUACAAGCAGAGCUAAUAGGGACAAAUUCAGCAUGAACAUAGCAACAGCCCCCCACUGCCAAAAUACUGUAUGGCUGCAGACCUGCAAAUGAGCCUGCUUUGGGAUUUUACUUGGAUUUGGGCACUGUGGGAUUAUUCCCUGUGUAAGGAUUAUGGCAGUAAUCCCUCCCAAUCCCAGUUGAUGGUCUGGCUCUGCUGGUCCUCUGAGACAAAUGAUUGUGAUUGGCGGGAGUAGCAGCAUGCAGCCAGAGUGUCUGGAAGAUCCAGUCUGGACGGCAGUGUGGGGAAUUCCACCAGCCGACUGACAUAGCUGGAGGUCAAGAUCUGUUUGAAUUACGAGGACAGAGCCUCAUCUUCUCUGUUAGGCCAGAGAAUCUUCGGUCAGUCUUUGAGCAGUUGACUGACCUAUUUAGGAGACCCAGCGCUGACUGAGAGCUGCUGGCAGUUGAGUAUUAUCUCCAGUUAAGUGAAGUGGAGUGUGUCCGGAAGGCAGUGUGCUAAUGGGAGUGUGCUCUGUGCUGUAAAGAGGGCGUCUGCACUAUUGAUCCUGCUUUACAGAGCUGUUGAACUGUGUGAAGCGGUCCUGACAGCACCCGACCGCCCUCACUCUCAACCUCUUGGCCCCUCCCUAUCAGGGACCCUGUUCUCUCUCCCUUUCCUUUCUGGGCGUGUGAAAGAGGGCCAUUGUGUGAGGCACACUCCUGCCUUCAGGCCGCCCACUACCAGUCCCAUUCCCCCUGCUCUUCUUGCUCACUGCCGCUGCUGGAUUCUGACCAGAUGCAGAGUCAACCCCGUGCUGCCUGUCAUCAGUCGCCCUCCUGGGUCAGAGGGGAGUGGAGUGUAACCGCCGCCUCUGCGCUGGGCUGUUGUCGGCAGCGUUUGCUGCACAGCACCCACGUCUCUCCCCCACAUCUUUCCCCAGAGGAGAUGGAGAGUCUGUGGGAACCCGAGCAGGCGAGCAUGGAGGCUGAAGAAAACAGAGGAGGGGAGCUGAUUACUCACAAGACUAAAAGACAAGAGAGGAAGCAUCAGGAGCUCCUGGCUUUGGCUCUGGGAGUCAAGGUACACACCUUUCGAGGGCCGCACUGGUGCGAGUACUGUGCCAACUUCAUGUGGGGCCUCAUCGCCCAGGGUGUCCGCUGCUCAGAUUGCGGGCUGAAUGUACACAAACAGUGCUCCAAACUGGUUCCCAGCGACUGCCAGCCGGACCUGCGCAGGAUAAAGAAAGUGUUCAGCUGUGACCUCACCACACUAGUCAAAGCUCAUAACACAACACGACCCAUGGUGGUGGACAUGUGUAUUCGAGAGAUAGAGCUGAGAGGUAUGAAAUCUGAAGGUCUCUACAGAGUAUCUGGCUUCUCAGAGCACAUAGAGGAUGUGAAGCUCGCCUUUGACCGAGAUGGUGAAAAGGCCGAUAUCAGUGCCAGUGCCUAUGCAGACAUUAACAUCAUUGCUGGUGCUUUGAAGCUCUAUUUAAGAGACCUUCCCAUUCCAGUCAUUCCGUUUGACUUGUACCCCAGAUUUAUUCAAGCUGCAAAAAUUCCAAAUGCUGAAUCCAGACUAGAGGCCAUCCACGAGAGCUUACUGCAACUCCCGCCAGCCCACUAUGAGACCCUGCGUUACCUGAUGGCUCACUUGAAGAGGGUGACACAGUUUGAAAAGGACAAUUUAAUGAAUGCUGAGAACCUGGGAAUUGUCUAUGGUCCAACGCUUAUGCAGCCACCAGAGCAGAACGCUUUGACAACCCUGAAUGACAUGAGGCAGCAGAAACUGGUGGUGCAGCUUAUGAUAGAGCAUGAAGAUGUCUUAUUCUAAGGACUGAGGCAUGCAGGCCUUAUUAAAGAAACGAAGGACAUUUAUUUAUUCUGUCAAAGAGGAAAUUCAAGCCACCUUGAUUCUAAUGAAGUUUCAGAAUAGUUUGUAAAUCAAAUUGAACUUGAAACACUUCUUUCUCGCAUGACUGUUUUAGUUGAAGUUGGUUUAGUGUUGACAUCGUCUUGUUACUGUAAGUUUUGGGAUUUCAUACCCAGCCAAGACCAUCAUUUUUAUAUUAGGAAAGGAUCCGGUAUUUUUAACUACCUUCAGUGCUGUUCCCUCCUCUCUUUAAUUUGAAGACUGUCACUACCUGGUGUAGGCUCAGUCAUGAUGACAGCGCUGUGUGAAAUCUGCCCCAGGCAGCCCGUCAAUCAGCGCUGGUGCUGUGUAAACCCAGCCUCACAGCAGCAGCCUAGUUAACAUUCCCACAUUACAUAUGUGCAUAUGGUGAUUUUAGUGGGAACGCAUGGUUAAAAUUCAUUGUAGAUAAAAUCAGAUCAUGUGAUGAUCAAUAUUUUAACUGUGCGUACUAAAAAAUGGGAGAUGAGACAAUUGGGCGCUCAUUAAGCACUUUUUUGCAACAAGUGUAAAGAUUUAUUUUGUAAAGAUGUUUAUUUUUGUCUUUUACUCUGCAUCAUGUUCUUUUGUCACAAUAAUAUAUACUGUUGAGAAUGAUGUUUGUUGAAUUGAUGUCUAAAUACAAAACUGAUCACAAGAGAAAAAAAGAAUCAGAGGAGGGAGUUUGUGGAUUUACCAUUUUUUUUAAUUUUCAGUGUGCUCAGUGUUAUGGUGAGGAAUACACAGGUGGAUUAAAUACUGAUCAUUUUGAUUCACACGUCAUCUUUAGUCAUAUUGCAAAACUCUUCUGCACACGUUGGUUGCCAGUUUUGUAGUAUUUCUGUUUACAUGCUGUAAUUUGGGAUAUUUUCAGGGGAACAAUAUGAUCUGGGCCCAUUUAAAUUUUCUUUUUGUAAGCCAGUAACAUUGCUCGGUGCAGCAGUAGUUGCCAUUCACUUUACAGUGCCAUAGAAGUUAAUAGUCACGCUACAGCUGCACCGAGUGUGUUUCUUUCACAGUUAGUUUGAUGUGAUUAAGUAAAUCCUUUCUACAAAUCCAUUUUAUCAAAAUGUAUUUUUGUGACGGUUGUAAUUAAAAUGUAAUUUAUCAAAUGUUGAUUUAUUAAAGGAAAAAAACCUUCA